ACACUUUAGUUACGGCCCGAUAACUCUUUUGUAGUACCUUUAGUCAUGAAACUGUUGUUUAUUGUGUGGAAAUAAUGGACAGUGGACAAAUUUCGACCCCGAGGAGACCGGAUAGGCGCGAAAAUGUAGCUGAGGACCUUAACUUGGAUCGGGUGGUGGCUUCGCAGCCGGAAAUCGGUCCUACUCCUCCUGAUGGAGGAUACGGGUGGUUAAUAGUGUUCUCUGCCGUCAUCUAUCACAUCACGGUGCCCGGGGUGUUGACGCUCUACGGCUUGAUUAUACUUAACGCCAUGGGGGACUUGAACCACCAGCAAGACGAACUGAUGAGGAUAUGGGACAUGGAUAUAGCUUUAGUGCCCGUGAUAAUGAUAGUGAUGAGAUUGCUCCUGGAAUCCUGGUGUCGUGCUGUGGUGAAGACGUUUAACAUGCCGAGAUUCACCGCUCUCUCUGGCCUGUGCUUGACUGUAGCUGGGAUACUGUUGUCGAGUUACUCGACGGACGCGAACAGUAACGACCAUAUAAUAAACAUAUUCUCCGGCAUGUUUGCAGGCGCGGGCUGUGCGCUGACCGGCCAGCAGAUCGAAGUCAUCAUCACCCACUACUUCCGCGACCGUCUCACCACGGCCCAGCGCAUCGUGCGCAUGGCUCCCUCCGUCGGGAACUGCCUCGUCCCCAUCCUCGUCGGCCGUCUCUGCACCACUUAUAACGAUGGCUAUGUCGUCGUCAUGAUAUACGGUGCAAUACUCAUGCAGAACUGCUUCUUUCUCGCCUCUUUCACUCGUCCUGUUUACAUCGAGAGAGUCAUCAGAAACACUUACAACAUGCUCCGCGACGCCGUUGAAGACGAUGAUGAAGUUAUAUUUUCGAAUCAGAGACAAGAAGACCCGGAGAGAAAUGUCCAACCACAAUCAAGCACUCAGCAAGAUGACGAUGCUACUGAUGUUGUAGUAUUCAAAUCUAAGAAAAACGCAAAGGAAAUUGUCGAUCCAGCCAUUCAAUAUAGAGAAAAGACGGCAACCGUAUCCAAUCAGCAGAACCAGCCAAGAUUCUCGACGGAUUUCAGCGAGAUUCUGGCAACGUCUACAAACCGGUUUUCUUCUGAUUUCGGAAGUCUGGAUGUUACGAGCUAUGGGAGGGUUAGCGGGUAUCGGGAGUUGGAGAGUAUUGACAGGAGCCAGCCGCAGCCGUUGUAUCGAGAGACGACGGAAGCGCCGGGCCAGAGCGUGGUGUUCGGCGCCGAGAUCUCGCCCGGCUCGGCGCGCCGCACCGCCUCGCUCCGCAAGAACUUCAUCACCAUCGUCAACAUGCUGCUGGACCUCAACUUCUACCUCUACGCUCUUCUGCACCUCACCACCACCACGUCCAUCUUCGUGCUGGGUGUGUGGUUCGCGCCGAUGGUUAAGGCCAAGAAUGCGGGCAUGAAUAUUUGGGGGGUGUCAACGCUGAUGGCAGCAGCGCACGGUGCAGCCCUCUGCUUCAUCAUGCUGUGCGUGGUGCUGCCUAAAGCCAUCCACGAGAAAGCGCGUCUCUGCACGCUCUUCUGCAUCGCUGGUGCAAUGGGGUUCUAUGGCAUCACCCUCUCCGCCAACAAAAGCCUGCUCCUCAUCUGGUGCAUGUUCGCCAGCUUCUCCACCGCAGCCACCAGCAUCAUCCAGCAGCCUUUCUACAACAGCACCCUUAACGAGUUCGACACCACCGCGACCACAACGGCCGCUAAUGUCAUCGUCGCUAUAUUUCUGCUAGCCUGGUCAUUAAGUAGAAAUUAUGCUUAUGCGGCAUGUUUUGAAACUGCUGCGGUAUUGCAAGUGGUCACUGCAGGAGUCUUUUUAGCUUCGUCUUUUAGAAGAAGGCGGUGAUUGUAAUUAUUUGGCCUUUUACUUUAAGAUUUUAACUACAACUGAAGAGUUUUUCACGCUGGCGAUUACAGCAGCGACUCCUACGAUUCAUUGCUUGUAGAAGUUGCUAAAAGAUCCCAGUUUGAAGCGUUUUACAGACACCUCAAUGUAUCACAACAACCGACUGAGUCAGACCGACAAUAUAACUGCACUAUAGUUAGAAUGAAAUAGUGCAGUGCAGUAAUACAGAGUUCGACACCAUCGCGACCGCAACGACCGCUAAUGUCAUCGUCGCUAUAUUUAUUUCUAUUAGAGUGAUCGUUGAGCAGGAAUUACGCUUAUGUCGCGUAUUUUGAGGCUUGCGGUUUUCAGGCGCGGAUACAAGGGGGGGGCCAUAGGGGCAAUGCCCCCCCCCCCCUAAAACCCUGGCUCUCACAUUACUAAAUUGAGUAACAUUUUUUUUUACCUUAUUUUCUGUGCAAAAAUAUAUGAUUUUCUCAAAAUGGCCCCCCCCUAAGCCAAAUCUUGUAUCCGCGCCUGGCGGUUUUGCAAUUUAUUAGCUACUGCAGAGGACUGUUUAGCUUCGUCUUUUAGAAGAUUUGUUUUGGAAUCUUAUUUUAACACAUUCACUGCCAGACAAAUAACGGCGCACUACCCCAGAAACCGGGGGUCUAUAGCUGCGUACAAAACAACCCGCCCAGCGGGUUGUCAGGCAUCUGAACAAAGAUCACGAGCGCCCACCAGGUGGGUUCCCUGCAGUGAAUGUGUUAACCCUUUAUAGGGAUAAAUCAGAAAUUGUAAGAUAAAAAUUACCACCAUAUAACAUUAUUUUAAUUUCAUUUUUAUGCAGUAUUUUUAGGACUAUAAAAAGGUAGUAAAACUUGACGCUAGAUUAGACAGACGCCAAUUUUUUUCUGUUCAUAUUGACAAUUUAAAUCACCUGUCUAGGCGGGCCUUAAAAAUAAGUGAAUUCAAUCCUUCUAAAAAACCUGAAGGACUUUUAACAGCCUGCACCGCAGACUGCAAUUUUAAAAUACUAUAGGUUUAAGAACGAUUUAUAUUUUGUUGUUAAAAAUGUCUUUGGUUUUAGGUUAAUUGUUAGUUUUAAGAAUCAUUUAAAUGAUUCAUUGUUAAAUUAAAUUGAACAAGUUACCAUAUACUUGUGUAGGUACAAACUUAUUUUGCUAAGGAUCAACUUUUGAUGUGGACUCAAAAAACACGUAAUUUGUAUUCACGUCUUUUAUUAGUUCAUAAGAGAUCAAAUCGUGGUUAUAACAUAACAGAUGUUGAUAAAUAAAAUAUUUUAUAUUUUA